AAGGAAAUAAUGCAUCUCAACUUCUAACACAGCUUUAUAAAUACAAAGAGAUAGAUCCUAACUGGUAUAUUAAGCCUUUAAUUGAUUCUAUUAGCAAUCAACUUUGUGGGAUUUUUUGGAUAGAUCCAGGACAACGAGAAAG